AGAGCCGGAAAAUGCGCGCGUAAACUGAUUAAUGAGUAGCACAGAGCACAAAGCACAACCGAGAAUAGAGCCAGAACAAAGAGCAAACAUACGAGUGUCGUUCCGUCGUUCCGCCGUACUCCCGUUCUCCCGUGACCGUUGUUCCCGCUCCCCCCGAUCCCUCGUUAUCCAUCGCCUGGCUAUGUGUUUAUGAAGUGCGUGAAUGAAGUGCCACAAAACGUUGUGGAAACCGUUUGCUGGCCCAUAAAUUGGCCAGCCAGUCCGGGUACGCUGUGCUGUUGCGGUCGUUGUCGUCGUCGCAGUCGCAGUCGCAGUGAAAGUCGCUGUCAAUGUCGUUGAUAAUGCGGUUGGCGCUGGCUGUGCCAGGAGCGGAGUCCGUGCCAGUUCCCGUGCCAGGCCGUAAUUGUCACUCGAAUGACUCUCUAUGCGAUACCAAUAAAAGUAGCAACAAAUUCAUCAUUGUCACAUUUGAUGCAACAACAACAAUUACAACAAUAUAACACCAACCAACGACAAAACCAACAAAGUAUUGCCACCAGCACCACCCGAAUAACGGCCAAAAACCAGAGUGGGACUCCGCGUCAUGUUAGAAGCUAAAACAACAGAAGCAACAACAACAGAAACUGCCACAUCAGUAAUUAGAGCAAUUGCAACAUUAACUAAACCAGCAACGACUACCAUCCAGAGACCUAUAACAAAACCAACACCAAAACCAAUCCUAAGAUGGUCCUGAGCACCGAAUGGUCACAGGUGGAGGUUAUCGAUCUGAUCAACGAUGGCAACGGCCUCGGAUUCAUCCUGGUGGGCGGCCGCAGCACGGGCGUGGUGAUCAAGGCCUUGACGCCGGGUGGCGUCGCCGAGCGGGACGGACGCCUCCAGCUAGGCGACCACCUCCUGCAGAUCGGAGAGGUCAACCUGCGCGGCUUCAGCUCGGAGCAGGUGGCCACAGUUCUUCGUCAGACCGGAGCUCAGGUGCGUCUGAUAGUGGCGCGGCCGGUAGAGCCGACUGCCAUCGAUUACCAAACGCUGGCCAGUCAUGCGCCGAUUAUACCAACUAAGCUCCUCUCCGACCCGGAAGAACUGUCGCGUCAUCUCUUCCAGAACCCGAGCUUCUCCACCGCUGCGGCUGCGGCUGCAGCUGCGGGCUCCGUGGACGUCGCCAAUCUGGUGGGUCUGGUGCGGGGCGGACCCGCAGAUGGCUCCGAGCUGGCCACGGCCGAGCCGCUGGGCCUCGGACACCUACAGCUGGGCGAGCUGACGGAACUGGCCGAUUUCCCCCUGCCACCCAUUCCCCCGCACAUGAUCGGAAGCCACAGCAGCAGCUCGAUGGAGGCCAACGGGCGGCAGUGCCCGCGAGACCUGGACAUUGUGCCCUUCUCCAUACUCUCGCCUCCGCCGCGUCCCGCCCUGCAGCUAGCCUUGGAGCCGCGCUGGAGGACGAGGGACCGGGACGGGCAGGAGGAGGAAGACGAUCAGCAUAUUGAGACUGUGAUAGCCGGCAAACUGUUGGCCGACGAGGAGGACGAAGGGGGGGACGGCGAUGGUGACGACUCCGCCUCUGCCUCGCCCUCGUACAUGGACUCCCCGGAGACGGAGACGUACGUUGUGGAGCUGCACAAGAACGUCUACGGGCUGGGCAUUACAGUGGCCGGCUAUGUGUGCGAGGAGGAGGACCUGUCCGGGAUCUUCGUGAAGAGCAUCAUCGAGGGUAGCGCCGCGGAAACGAGCGGCCAGAUCCAGAUCAACGAUCGCAUCGUCGCCGUCGAUGGCCGCUCCCUGUCCGGCGUGACGAACCAUCAGGCCGUGGAGCUGCUGCGGAACACGGACAUCGAGGUGCAUCUGACGCUGGAGCGAUUCCUGCGCGGCCGCAAGUUCGAGCACCUGCAGGUGGCCCUCACUGAGAUCAAGGGCCGUCCCGCCCCCUGCACUGUGGACAACGAUGGCGACGGCGACGGACAGUCGCAGCUGUCGAUGCCAGGAUCACCCUCGAUAGCCACGCUCAGCUGGCUGCCACCCAAGUCCCUCGACGCAGACUCCAUUGCCACCGAGGGCGAGGCGGAAGGCGAGGCCGGAGCAGCGGACGAUGAGCCGCUGGAGUUGGCCGAUCUGCCCUCGCGGGACACCGUCGAGUCGAACAUGUCGCACGUGCUGGACCGCAGCGACCACAGUGGGCCCCGGCCGGCCAAAUCUCCCAAUCUAGUCCCAAGUCCCCCUCCCCCUUCGACUCUGACCAAUGGCCAGCUUGUGCGGAGCAAGUGCCACGGUCGGGUGGCGGCGGAUGACAGUGGCAACGACACCGACGAGCAGUGUCCAGAGCCCGAGCCGGAGCGCGACUUAGAGACCGAUGCAGAUCCCGCCCAGAGUCGGACGCCCACCAAUGAGCUGGAUGGGGCGGCGAUAGGGGUCAAGGGUGGGGCAGCAGCCGGGAAAGCUGACCGGGUCGAGAAGGCUGCCAGCCCGAGCGCCGCCUCGCUGCGGGUGGCCUGGAAAAGUGAGUUUCCCGACAGUGAAAUUUUAGUUGCCGAAAUAAAUAAACUUUCAGGUCUAGGGAUCAGCCUCGAGGGCACCGUCGACGUCGAGUGCGGUAUUGAGAAGCGUCCGCAUCACUACAUACGCUCCAUACUCGAGGACGGUCCCGUCGGCCGCCAGGGCAUCCUGCGGCCCGGCGACGAGCUGCUCCAGGUCAACGAGCACAAGCUCCAGGGACUGCGCCACAUCGACGUGGUCAAGAUCCUAAAGGAGCUGCCCGCGCGCGUCAAGCUCGUCUGUGCCCGGGGCACGCGGGUGCCCUCCGUCAUCAACACCUCGCAGAAUGCGGAGGCCUUUGAGACGCGCAGCCUCCUGCCAGGCGGCCACCAGAGCCUGCAGAACCUGCUCAGCAAGGCGCAGUCGGAGAGCUCCUUGUACACGUCCAGCACGGCGACGCUGACGGAUGCCGCCGGAGGAGCGGGCAACGGCAGUCAGCAGCGCUCCAAGUCGCUGGAGAACGUGUCCGGUCUGGCACUGUGGAGCUGCGAGGUGACGGCCAUCGACAUCGAGAAGACGGAGCAGGGCUUUGGCUUCUCCAUUCUCGACUACCAGGACCCGCUCGACUCGGAGGGCAGUGUGAUUGUGAUACGCGGCCUGAUACGCGGUGGUGCUGCGGAGGCAACCAACGAGAUAUAUCCGGGCGAUCGCCUCAUAAGCGUCGGCGAUCAUCUGCUCCAAGGCCUCGAACUGGACGAGGCAGUCUCCAUUCUAAAGGCCAUGCCGCCAGGCCUCACGCGCAUCGGCAUCUGUCGGCCACUCUCCACGUCGGACAGCAACAGCAACAUAGCCUCGCCCCUAGGCGACUCGGCCAGCACAUAGUGACCGCCCCUCGAUGGCCACUCGGAGCCAGAGCCAUUCUCAAUGUAUUAUAUGACCCUUAUAUCAGCGAUGUGAAGGAGCCACACCACCCGCAACAGGACUAGAACCAGCAGCAGCGUGACCCCUCACCGAAAGCGGGCUGACGUCUGCGGCAUUCAGCAUCGGAACAAUUUGUAUGUAGUUUAGUACAUAUAUUAAAUCCCCCGCAUUACUAUUAAAUUAUAUAGACAAAUAGAUACACAAAACGCCCGGCAACGUCAACGGGAACGAGCCUGAAAACUAAAAAUGCAUAAAUAAAUAAAUAAAAUAGCAUG